AUGUGUUUCAUGGUAACUGAACGGCAAAAGAAAAAAUCAUCACGCAAGCGUCGGCAGUACGAUGAGAACACCGUGCGGCAGUGUAUUUUGAACGUGAAAAAUGGUAAACAAACCAUUUACGGUGCUUCAAAAUCCUUCGGUGUUCCGGAAUCCACUAUCAGGUUUCGCCUCAGUGACAAAUGGAGCAAGAAGGCUCGGAAAGGUCCGCAAACAGUGAUGUCGAAAUAUGAAGAGGAAAAAAUUGUGGUGUGGCUCAAAGAAAUGCAGAGAAAGGGUUUUCCGGUCGUGAAGGAAACACUCUUUUCGAAGAUCAAAACAUUCUUUGAUACUACAUCGCGGCCAAAUCCUUUUCCGAACAAUGCUCCUGGGCGUAUAUGGUUUAACAGUUUCCUCCAGCGACAUAAAUCUUUUUCACUGCGAACGCCAGAAGCUGUUUCUACAGCCAGUGCUAAUGUAUCCGAGUGUAAUAUUCGGAGCUGGUUCACCAACGUGGAUUCGUACUUAGAGGAACGAAACCAGUCCGGUAUUCUUCUCGAUCCAUCAAGGGUCUAUAAUGGUGACGAGACUUCUUUCUUCCUUCAUCCCAAAACUAAAGCAGUACUAGCUGCUCGUGGGAGUCGUAAUGUUUAUGAAGUGGAACACGCCAACAUUCACACGAACAUAACUGUGAUGUUCAGUUUUGCAGCGGAUGGCUCUAUUGUACCUUCGAAUAUCAUCUUGCCAAUGCAAAGGAUUCGUGCUGACUUAUUGCGGACAUUCCCAGCGGACUGGGGCAUUGGAAAAAGUGCCAAAGGAUGGAUGGAUGCUCCUAAUUUCGAGUUGUAUAUUCAGAAAGUUUUUUAUCCCUUUCUUUUGAAAAAAGGUGUAACAUUCCCAGUACUCUAUUUUGUUGAUGGGCAUUCAUUCCACAUGGCUGUAGAUGUGGCUGACUUGUGCCUCGAUUUAGGAAUAAUACUUAUAGUAUUGUAUCCUAAUACCACACAAAUAACUCAGCCUGCUGACGUAGCCAUCUUUAAACCUUUGAAGAAUGCGUGGAAGGCAUAA